GGCGCGAGUUAACACAGAGAGAGACAGGCAUUCUCAUCAGUGACGGGCUCACAGGCUGCAUGGACAGAGCUGUGGUGCAGGAGGAAGAGAAGAGGUGCAACCGGCGGAACAAGCCGCCUGAAAAACUGGUGCAAAACAGAGGAGCACAACGCGAGAGACCGCGGGAAAGGGAGGGGUGGGAAACAGAUAACUGAGGGGGAGAGAAGUCAUUUGGACCAGGGAGUAGGAGCACGCCGGAUGAAACUGACGAGAACACAGAAGGAGGAAAGCGUACAAAGAAGCCUUCCCUGACGGAAGAGAGAAGAAAGGAAGUGCAUGCAGAAAGUGAAAAAGAAGGACUAGAGGGAGCCCGACAGGAGGUCUAGCUUACGGGACUUGACUGGCGCGAGUGAAGAGGAGGAGGAGCAUGAGAGCAAGUUGAUGGAUUUGAUUUACAGAGUAUAUUUUGAAGGAGGAGCAGGGACAUGAAAGGAAAAAGAUUAGAGAUGCUGUCUUUCAGUGGAGGAGAAAAAACUAGGAAGGAAGGAAGAAGAAGAGAAAGUAAGAGGGGAGGGUUAUGUUAAGAUCUGAGUGUGACAGAACAGAUUAUCUCUGGUUUGGUUUCCCGCAGGAAAUGUGAAUUUAUAUAUGUGUAUGCACAUUAGUGCCUUCUUCUCCAUAUGAAAGUGUGUUGUAGUUUCAAACUGUGGCUGUGGUGCUGGGGAGCAGGUCCACAACAAGAUGACUUUACCCCGUGGUCACCCUCAGUACCUAAUAACACAGAAUAAAGCCAAGUGGCGGGAGAGACGAGGAGCCGACCAGUGACAUCACAAGGAAGUCAAGGCAUCAAAAGUGAGACCGCAAAGUGGGACAAGAAACAGAUGAGCAUGGAAGACCUUUGUGAAUUCAGUUACGGCUUGUACUUAAUAACGACAAGGAACUGAUUGCUGCCUCUGGCUGCCGAAUGCAUCUGCCAGCCAGUGAAGCCAAAAGCACCACACAGACAUAACUCAGAAGAAGAGAAACCACAGUGCUGGAACAAGACGAGCUCUCCUAUGACAGACUGUACCACACCAACCAGUUCCCUCCACGGUUGUCUCAUUAUUUUAAUUACCUUCUCUUCUUUCAUUUGUUUCAUUUUCAUUUGCUCUCUUCACUUAGCUCUUGGUAUUUUGUAUUCUAUCCUCCUCUCUCCCUCUCUCUUCCCCUCCCUCUUCCUCUUGCCUUUGCUCUCUCUGUCUCAUCCUCUCGUUCACUGUCACACUAACUGCAGUGGAUGCUGGAGUCACUCACGUAGAAGCCACCUUGCUUGGAGCACAUUUGCCUUUGUGAUUUUUUUUUUUUGUCUCUUCCCUGGCUGACUUGGAUGAUUGGAGCAGUGUCUUAUCAAGAGACCAGGAGAGAUGACCAACAAGUAGCUGCUUCUGAGUACAACACAUCUCCUGCACCACCAGGAGAAGACGACUUCAGAACACACAGAUUUCUUUGAGGCUACUUCUACGUGUGCAUAUAAUACUUUUACAGUUAAGACUGCAUGGGUUAUUAGUGUAAGUAAGGCCAAAUAUAUAAUCCAGGAUUGGAUUAUAGUAGUGGAUUUAUCCUGGAGCUACAUGUGUGCCCCAGCCCCUGAGGCCUGGCUGGAAAAUGAAGCCUUUCCUGUGGCUGUAGGAGCGCUGUGGGCAGCCAUGGCCCUGGAGGGGCGCUGUCUCCGGCGGGGAUCCCCGGCCAUGAUCAGAAAGGGCCGUCAGCGGCGUCCUACAAAGCCAACUCUGGCUCAGGCCACUACCACUCUGCUGUCAAGGACACGCAUGCAUGGCCUGAGACAUGUUUGUACCCCUGGUGGGUCGGUGGGUCGCAGGGCCUUCUGGCUGCUGGCCCUAUGCACCUCCCUGGGGCUUCUUUUAUCUUGGUCCUCUAACCGCCUACUUCACUGGCUUUCCUUCCCUACUUACACACGGGUCCACACCGAGUGGGCCAAAGAACUGGCCUUCCCUACAGUCACUAUCUGCAACAACAACCCCAUCCGCCUUUACAAGCUCACCAAGAGCGACCUCUAUUUUGCUGGCCACUGGCUGGGCCUGCUGCUGGCGAACCGGACAGUGAGACCCAUGGUUCUGGACUUGCUUCAGGAGGACCGUCGGGCCUGGUUCAGAAAGCUGUCAGACUUCAAGCUUUUUCUGCCACCCAGAAACUUUGAGGGAACCAAUCUAGAGUUUAUGGACAGACUGAGUCACCAGCUGGAUGACAUGCUCCUGUCAUGCAAAUACAGAGGAGAGCCCUGCAGAGCUCACAACUUCUCUUCUGUGUUCACCAGGUAUGGGAAGUGCUACAUGUUCAAUGCUGCAGAGGAAGGGAAGAUGCUCCGCACCACCAUGAAGGGAGGGACGGGAAACGGCCUAGAGAUCAUGCUGGACAUACAGCAGGACGAGUACCUGCCAGUGUGGGGGGACACAGAGGAUACAGCCUUCGAGGCAGGUGUGCGCGUGCAGAUCCACAGCCAGGCGGAGCCCCCUUUUGUUCACGAGCUGGGCUUUGGCGUGGCCCCCGGUUUCCAGACCUUCGUAGCCACACAGGAGCAGAGGCUGACCUACCUGCCUCCCCCGUGGGGAGAGUGCGAGUCAAAGGUGCUGGAGUCAGGAUUUUUCGAGGUCUACAGUGUAACUGCCUGCAGGAUUGACUGUGAAACUCGUUACAUUGUGGAGAAUUGCAACUGCAGGAUGGUGCACAUGCCUGGUGAUGCUCCGUAUUGCACACCUGAGCAGUAUAAAGACUGUGCUGAGCCUGCCCUUGCUAAGCUGUCAGCUGUGGAGAGUAGUAACUGCAUGUGCCGGACAUCGUGCAACAUGACCCGUUACAACAAAGAGCUAUCCAUGGUCAAAAUCCCCAGCAAGACCUCAGCCCGCUACCUGCAGAAAAAGUUCAACAAGACGGAGAAGUACAUCACAGACAACAUCUUGGUGUUGGACGUGUUCUUUGAAGCUUUGAACUAUGAAACCAUCGAGCAGAAGAAAGCCUACGAGGUGGCAGGCUUGCUUGGUGAUAUUGGAGGUCAGAUGGGUCUGUUCAUUGGAGCCAGCAUCCUCACCAUCCUGGAGCUGUUUGACUAUGUUUAUGAGGUGGUGAAAGACAGACUACUGGAUUUACUGAACAGAGAGGAGGAGGAGGAGAGUCAUGGAGAGGAUGUGAGUUCCUGUGACCCUGUGGCAAACCAUUCGGAGUCCAUCAGCCACACUGUGACAGUCCCUCUGCAAACAACUUUGGGCACCCUGGAGGAGAUUGCUUGCUGAGGGCCUCUCCCCUUCCCCUCAAAGCCAUACACAUCCAGCCUCCACUGGGUGGCGCUACAUCUUCUGUUUUGGCGCCUGCAGGACCUUUAACAGGGGAGGGGAGAAGACAAGGACAAGAACAGGGCUUGGCCUAAGGACAGUGCUGUGCUCUGUCACACCGCCCUGUCUGAGGCACUAAUGAGGAUUAAGGAGCUGUCAGCCGGACCUAUCAGCCCUCUCUGUCACCCUGCACUGUACUGUUGUAGGAGGGCGACUUCCGCUGUGCCAGACCUGCAGUCAUGCACACAGAAAAUCAGAGACUAGGUGGUGUAACUACCCAUGAAGGGGGCUUAUACCCGUGCAGCAUAUCUAUGUAACAAACACAUUCAUAUGUCACUCACUGCCAAAUGAACUGUACAAAAUUGGUUUUGAACUGUCCAAACUGCAUGUGUCAAUCUAUCUUGCUCUCUUUGCUGAUGCAUACGCUGGACUGCAGUGUUGCUUUAGUGUACAUGUGUGCCAUUUGUCCGUAUCUGCAGGACAGGCCUGUGACAAGCGCCCAAGCGAGACAUUUGAGCUUUGAAUGUACAGAUUGAACAUAUGGUUGUUUAAAAUCAUAGUUCAGAUGUGACCAAUCCAUCUUUGAAAAUAUUCCAGUGAGUGAUUUAUCAUUUCUUAGUUAAUUAUCUUGAAGUUUGAUGGGCUGGUGGUGAUUUGUGAUGCGUGUUACUGAGGGAAAAAAAAACCUGAACACUUUGUUUACUGAAAACAGUGAAACCUGAAUAUUUUACAGCCAACACUGUGCAUAUUUUUCUCACCAUUUAGUUUUAGUUUAAGCAGUUUUGUAGAAGGCAUGUUUGCUAGGUUGCUCCUGGGAUGGUGAGCUGUUCUCUAAAUAAAGAGAUGUUAUACUGUUAAA